AUGUCAUCCAACCAAAAACCAAUCAAAAUGGCGAUGUCUCUUGAUGGGGCCAAGUCGGUCAAAAUCGAAGAAGAUGAUGUGAUCAUUUUCACGAUGGAGGAAGGCCCUCCAAUCGAGCUCAGGUUCGUCAUGCCAUCUGUCCACAAGGAUGGCUACAAGGAAGGCUACGACACCCCCAUGGUGAAGUCUGGAAAACCCGCAGCCAAGUCUAAGGUUGGAUUUCUCAGUCCGGCGGAGAGUACCAAGAGCAACAAGAGCGAAAACACCCCCAUGCCCUUCGCGUCUCCUUCCAUUUGUGACAGCAGCAUGGGAUCACCCUCUCCAUUCAAGACUUGCUUCGUCGAUGGCUCCAAUCAGGGAUUCACCCAGGAAACGUCCCAUCUCCAUCCCUUGGAGCUCUCCUUGGAUUGUGAAGAAAAGCACGAGAAGCCUCUUGCUGAAAUCCUUGCUGAACUUGGCUUCGACGACUAA